AUGUCGUCCUUUGAAGUUGUAUCCUCCCAAGUCGCGUCGUCACGCGCCGUGUCCCCCGAGGGCCAACCCAAGGCCGCGGACCCCGAAGCCAAAAGCAUGGCCCAGGAAGUAGCUGCGCGGACCUUUAUCAUUGCUAUCGUGGUCACAGCAACCGGCAUAUGUCUAUUGUCGCUACUCGCCUAUUGGUUCUUCGUCACUCGGCGGCGCAAGCUACGGCAACAAGCUCGGAAGAAUAACGACGAGGAAAAGAACCUGAAUGCCGGUACUACUCCUAGCCCGACGGUUGUGCCCUCGGCCAUCAACACGGAUAGGGACCCAGUACUUGCACUCGGACCGUCGGCUACUGACGUACAGACUGCAACCAUCGCGCCACAUGGGCACCCGAGUACGGGUACCCAGGCCCAGUGCCAUGUACCCCAGUGUGACGGCCGAGGCUUUGGCACCCUCCCCCCACCCACCAACCUGUCGGACUCAAACUCUCGCCACGGGUGCGGACUGCUCGGUGCGGCCGCUCAGGUUGAGAGCCACCGACACCACUGUGGCAGGCGAGGCUUCGGCACCCUCCCGCCACCAAUCCAUCCGCCCACCUCCAGCCACAGUCCCAAAUGCUGGAGGCCGAGCACGUGCACCCAGGCCGACGACCAUGGACGCCACUGUGGCGGGUGCAGCCUCGACACCCUCACCCUGCCCCCUCGCACCCCGGAACAGCACCGACCGGGUAUACGCCGGGAUCCUGGCCAACCCGCUGGAGCGCAGGCGGGCCUGGUCGAGCCCGACCCCCCCGGACCGAGAGGACGUCAGGUUGGCCCUUGUCGCCCACCGCCGCCGCUGCCGCUGCCGUCGCCCGGGCACCCCCAUCGCCCCCCCUCACCGCCGCCUGGGCACACCCGUCGCCGCGUCCCGCCUCUCCCGAGCCCCCGUGGCCGCCUAGCCGGAGGGACGGCUACCACGGGGGCGAGUGGGACGGGGACCAAUGGCGUAGAAUGA